GGACGGGGCGCCCGCGGCCGGCGGGCACCGAGCAGGGCCGGGCCAUGAGCGGCUACACGGAGGAUGAGAAGCUGCGGCUGCAGCAGCUCCGGGUCCUGCGGCGCCGGUGGCUGCGGGACCAGGAGCUGAGCGAGCGGGAGCCCGUCCUGCCCCCGCGCAAGCUCGGCCCGGUGGCCGCGUUCUGGGAGCGCUUCCUGCGGCCCGGGGGGCUCUGGCGGCAGCAGGUGUACAAGGCCUACCAGACCGGCGGGUUCCUCCUGGUGCGGGUGCUGAUCCCCGCCUGGCUCGUCACCUACUACGUGAAGUACCACGUCAUGAAAAAGCCUCAUGGAAUGGUCAUGGCAAAUCCACGGAUAUUCCCAGGGGACAGGAUUUUAGAGACUGGAGAAAUCAUGCCACCCCUGAAAGAAGAUCCCCACAAGCACCACUGAUGGCUGGGAGCUGAUUUCCUCCUUCAGCAAACACGGCAGGAGCUGCACCUGCUUUCUCUGUUCUAUUAAAGAGUCUUUAUUCUG